CAUGAGGAGAGCGGAGCGGUCUCGGCUCGGGCACACGCGCGCGCGCGCUCACGCAGUCCUGAAUUAAAAGGCCGCGACUUCAAAGGAUUCUCUUGUUUUAUCUUCACAAACAGCUGAUUGACUCCGUCGAACUAAACUUUGCCCUUUUUUCUUUUUGUAAAUUAUUACUCAGGAGGCGUUGAUAGAUGAUGGAUUACGCUCUGCCAUAAGGAGAGUCUUAUAUACAGCCUAUAAAUGUAGUAUGUAAAUCUAAAUAUAUACACAGAGAGUGCUCUUGUGUCGCGCUAGAUUAGAUUAGAUGAGCGGCGUUUCAUUUUCAAGCCUACUUCGUUUUUGUUUUCUAGAAGUUCCUGGUUGUUAUUAUGGCUUGUCGGGUUAAUCCGAGGCGUAAAAACAGUCAUGUUUAGCUAGAAAGCUUUAGCAGCAGGUGCUUUUAGCCUCCGAUAUGCGGCACGUACCGGAGCCGCUUCUACACCGCGACCGGACAUGAAAUCGGUCUUCACCCAUGAUUAAAACUACGCAUCGUUUCAUAAUUCCUCCUUAGGACAUUUUCGCCAAGCGACUGGAUAUCCUGUUUUUUUUUUCCUUUUCUUUUUCAUCUGAAGGAAAAAGCGACUGCACGGAUCAUCCUGAACGCCGACUGAGGAAGAGAGAAAAACGGGGAAAAAAGCGACCGAAUAAAAAAAAAAAACGUGGAUCCGUGAGAGACGACAGGCAUGAUUUCUCAGGGAAUAAGCCUUGCUUGGAUCUAGGAAACGCAUCCAGGCUUCCAUUUAUGAUUCCUCGAGGCGUCUCGCAGCCGUAGAGCCUAAAAGCUGCAUCAUGCUGGCGUGCCUGCCGAGAAGACAGAACCAACCCGCACAGCACCCGGCGUGUGCUGCCAAGGUCCUGGACGCUCCCGUCAGCAUGAAAAGUGAUCUGAGCUCGAUGCGGUCUCCACGGUACCCCUCCGCUGCUGAGCUGGACGCCUACGCACAGAAGACGGCGGACAGCCCGUUGUCCAUCAAGAUCUUCCCAUCCAAUAUCAGGGUCCCACAGCACAAACAAAUUGGCCGGACUGUCAAUGGCUUGGACACGACUGGCCAACGCUUCAGCCCUUACUCCCAGCCCUACUCCAGUGGCUACCAGGGCUUGCUGGCCAUCGUCAAAGCACCCACUGUGACCAAAGGCAUUGUAAAGAGUUCUGAUGGCAAGAGGACUAGACUGUCACCAAUCCAGAUGGCGGUGGCACCUUAUGCACCGCCCAGCGGCAACAACUUGGCGCACAGGCACAGGCAGAGGCCGUACAGCUUAGAGCUUUGCAAACCUCCUGAGAUGCACAACAUCUCUGUGCCACCCAAUGUCUUGGUCCCAGCUUCUGCUACAUCUCUCUCAAGUGUGCAGAGCUUGGCGCUGGCUUCCCACUCAGACCAUGCAUCCCUUGGCAUAAUGAGACAAAUGGCUAGGACAUCCCAUGCCCAAGGGCUCCAGGCAUCGUUAGAAGAUCAUUCCAGCCCAUCUCAUCAAGCAGCCACAGCCUGCCUGGAUUCCAGUUUCAGCAUGGACAUGGCCAAGACUACAGGCUACAUGGACACCAUGGAAUACGCAAUAUGGCAGUCCAAGCAGCAGAGACAACAACAACAACAGCAGCAGCAGCAGAAGCAGCAGCACUAUCAGCAGGGUCCGUUACACAGGUACAGUGCCAACAGCAGCAGCAGAGCUACCAUUAGCAGAUCUCCAGAUGUAUGCUUGCCCACUCAGAUCCCAUAUAGGGCUCAUGCGCUCAGCACGGGCACCUGCAUAACGGGUGUCACGCUGGACCGGGUAGGCUCAUCCCCUUUGAACUGUGCCGCCACUCACGGUGACUUCUCCACCGGCCAGUUCUUCGCACCUCACUGGAACAGCACACUCGCCACGCCUGAUAGCGACUGUUACAACACGCAAGAGCUGCCUCCGGGCUCGGUGGGGCUCGGCCACAGCCACGGCCGGCCUCCGCACCAAGCCCACUGUGUCCCGCAGCAGUACCCGGGUCUCGGCCUGUGUUGCAGGCUGCCCGGCCGGAGCCUGUGUCAGGCGUCCCUGCUCAGCAGCAGCCUGCAGUCUCUGGAGUGCCUGAUCAGCGAAAUCCACCCGCCCUGCAUCAAGGAGCGCAUGCUGGGCCGCGGGUACGAGGCCGUUCAGCCCACGCACAUUCAGCUGCCCGUGUUCAGAUAGGGCGCAAAAGACAACCGGUUCAAGAGCGGACUGUUGGGAUUAGAAGACGAGGCGCAGGUCUGUUAUCGUACACGCCUUUCGUAAAGGGCUCAGUGGGUUUUUACAAAGCUUAAAAUGGUACCAGUGAUUCUCAGUCCUCGCAGAAGUUCGGAGUUGCACCCCAACUCACGUUAGCUGGACUGACUGUGUAUUACAAAACGUACUCGUACUCAAAUAUUUCGCAGCAACAGGGAUUUCAUGGCAUCGCACCAUUACUUCUGAUCCGGAUGGUCCGAACGGAACCGUUUGAGGUUGGCUGCCAAAUUCUCAACGGGAAGCAAACUGCCCACUAUUGCAGGACUCUUCAGGUCUGUUUACUCCAAAAACCAUAACUAAACUGACGUACAUGUUUAGUGAACUCUUGUUGGCAGAAAUUUGUAUAGCCCUGCUAGUACUAAAUCAUAAUAGUUAUGAUUUUUUUUCCAAUUGCACUGUUAUUAAAAAAAAAAGAAAAAAGAAAAACUUAUUAAAAUGACUCCGGCAUGGGUUGGUUUGGAGAACAUUUCAUUUAAAUGGAAAACUUGAAUAUUUUUUUUUUGUUUCUGUAUUAUGUUUGUGUCGAAUAGUAGACGAGCAUAUUUAUAAAAUUCUUUAUUCAAGUUGUUUUAUCUCUUAUGUGACCAAUGAUUUUUUUUGUUUUUCCUUAUCUUUUUUUUUUUUUUUAUGUUAUAACGGUUUGGUUUUAUCCACCUGUUUCUGGCAAAUUGAUCUAGUUAACUGUUGUCUACUGUAGCCAGUUCAGUGUUUUUUAUUUUUAUUUUUUAUUAUUAUAAUUAUUGUUAUUAUUAUUUUUAUGAAUAUGACAAACCGACUGGGAAGCAUACACUACUGAGCUGGCUCCAUCAGCGACCAGAUGUGAAGCCACACGAGUUACUGUGACUAAGUCUUAAGAGUUUCAACUGGAUUUCAGCGUCAGUGUUCUACGUAUUUUUAUUCUUUAUUUAUUGACAUUUGAUUUUCUGGACCAUCGUUAGAAGAUACGACCAGGGUAUCGGAGUUUGAGAAGUGGGAGAAAGAAAAAAAAAGAGGAAAAAAAAAAAUCAACUCGUAUGAUUUUGUUUUUCUUUCAUCCAUCAAAAUGGACGAGCUCGGGGGUAAAAUGGCACACGGUGGGCUAGAUGUUUUAAAAAGUGCAAUUAUAAUGUUGGCAGAUUAGCCCUCUCUCCCUGUGUUAUGCUUCACUGAUUAUUUACUACUGUAUGUAUGACUGUCUGGAAACCCUCUCCACGAUUAAGAUUGUCAAAUAAAAUCUAAUUUAGGGAUGUUUUUUAAAUCUG